AUGCCGUUCUUAAGCAACUGGGAAGACUUCGAGAAAGCAGCUGAGAAGAUCUACUUGGCUGAUCCUAUUAAGUCCCGGUACAGCAUGAAGUACAUACAUCACGAGGGACACCUGGUGGUUAAAGUUACGGAUAACGUGACGGUGAGAAGAACGAACUUUGAAAAAACACGUUUUGCGAAGAGUCCUCGACGCAUGACGAACUUGAUCAAUUCCAGAACUGGGUUCAUUGUGUGA